AUGGAGCCUCCUUCACGCAAGCAGAGAGGAAUUUACUCUGAAGUAUUAGCUCAGCCAGAUAAAGAUGACCCAACUGACAAUAUAGUUCAAGAAUCAGUCGCUUCAGGCCCAACAGCUCGCUUGACCACCCACCAAGUCCAGCGUCUUCCCCGGGCUCGAGGUCUUCAAAGGCGAAAUCAAAAUGACCACGAUAAAAGCAUAAACGCAGACUCCUCAGGAAUUUAUUCGAAAAAACGCGAAGGCGUCGCAGACCUCGACCCAAAAGUCUUUGAACCUUUUGUCCCCAUUCCAGGCCGAACACCUCGUAAGGUUGUGAUUGACCGAAAGAAGAAGCUUUUCGCAUCCCUUCGUAUUGAAGAUUUGUUGAAGGCUGAAGGGGUUGAUUAUAGCAAGCCCAUCGUCGCUUGGCUACCUCUUGAACCUUUUGAUGAUAGAGAAUUUGACGUCAGGAACCCUGAAGAAUGAAUUGAGUUGGCCACAAAUAAUGGGACCUUUGAAGCGGUGCCAGGACUUGGGCUGCAAAAAGACCACAGAGAGCCCGGAGUUUUCAAUUGGAAACAAGUGCUAAUUCACUCAUAUGACGCUGAAAGAGAAGUUUUCUAUGGAAUCUGGGACGAUGCGUCAAAAAUGGCUGUAGAGCUGCCGAAAAUUAAUUUAUUGAUCCUUGCUGAAGACCCUUACGUUUUUGCUAAAAGAGUAGCAGCCUCCCAUCAGCAGAGAAAGUACGCAGAAAGCUUGAUAAGAUACAACUUUUAUAUCGACAAUAUGCCAACUGAGGAAAUCCACACACUAGAUGGAGACCAGAAGGCAAGACUUGUCUAUAAAGCCACAAACGUAAAAGAAAUGAAUAAAAACGUGAACCCUGAGAACUCCCCAUUAGUUUAUGAAGUAUGUUUAGAUUUCGCAAGGACUAUGAAUAAAAUUAUUUUUGAUAAACACAUUAAUGAAAGUGGAAAAGACCUGAUCGCCAGCAAUUUAACGCUGCCUCCUCCUGAGCCGCCUAAAAACGCGCCUGAAUUCGGAAUGGUUCAAAUACCUAAGCAUGACUUUCCAGAGCAGUUCAGCAAUUUUUGCUUCAAUAGUCUUUAUAUCAAAGAAGAAGUUAUUGUUUCACUUGAUAAAAUUAAAGAACAGUGCUUAGGAGUGACCCUGGAAAAAGAAAUUUUUAAUACAAAUUUCACAAAAACAAUGAGAUUGGAAGAGUUCAAGCAGAUUGAGUUUGGGGCCAUAAGCCAAGUGGCGCUUUAUUUAAAUGCAUGGAAAGAUAAUAUACAGAACAUUAUCCAAGGCUCUUUUCAAAAUGUCGGCAAAGGGUGGUUUAACCUGCAUGAAACUGCAAAAGAGACUUAUGAGUUCGGAAAGCUGAAAAAGUACCUGACAAUGGUAAAAAUAAUGAUGCAGGACUCUUUAUUUACCUUAACUCAUAAAUCCCUUCACAAGUUUGUGGAUAUUUUAGAAAAAUUCAUCCCUACUGAAGUGUCUAUUUACUCCCCAAAAGAAGUCCGCAAUCUUUUUGAGCUGACAGAAGAGCAGCUAACAGUAGACCCUGAAUAUGCAAGAAAUAACCCUCCGAUUCCUUUAAUUGCUAUCGAUAUUCUGAAAGGAGGAAAAAUGUUCUUAUACUCUACAGAACCCAGCCAAGUUAUAGAAAAAACUAAACAAGUGUUUGAAGAAGGCCUCGCCAAAAUAAAAGACAUCCCUACUAUGGAAGAAGUCGUCAUGGAAAGCUUAUUUAAAAAGCAAGGCGGAAAAACACCGCUAAAAGUCCCUGUAAUUCCUGUAGACCAGCCAACUCCUCCAAAAGACGAAGAAAAGAAAGUCGGCAAGCUGCCUGAUGAAAACACCUGGGUUUGGGAUUUGCGGGAAAGAGUAAUCAGCUUGAUGACAAAGGCAAUCCAGCCGCUAAAUGAAUAUAUAAAAGUUUACGAUAGAUUUGAAAGCGUAAUGCAGCUCAGCGCUGAUAAUUAUAUAAAAAGCUUAGAAGAAGGAGAAGAAGUCUCAGUUGAAGACUUAAGAGACGAAAUUCUUAAACAUCAAGAACUUGAGAAAAAACUGCUAGAAGAGAUCCCUGAAACUGUCAGAGUGUCCUGCUUUGAGGUCCAUUGCAAAGAAGUCAGGAACACACUAGCAGGGAAGCAUACUUUAUUUGUCAAACAAAUUACAGAACUAAUAGCCCACCGCGCCAGAGAAAAAAACGCAGCCAUGCUUGAAAACUUCAGAAAAAUGCAUAGGGAUAUCAACAAGCCUCCAAAAGAUAUAGAAGAGCUUACAGAAAUAAAAGACCUAAUUGCAAGAGUCCCUAUGGAAAUAGAAAAGAUGAAAAUUGAUAUAGAGGGUAACAUGGUCACUUAUUCAAUACUUGAAAAAUUCCAAUAUAGGUUUACAGUUGAUGACAUGAAUAAGAAAUGGGAUUUAUAUGGAUACCCUAAGAAAACUUAUGAUUUAAUAGCUCAGAAAAGUGAAGAGCUUGAUAAACAAAAAGAAGUCUUUAAAGAGCAUAUGGUCACUGAGCAGCAAGAAUUUAAUGAAGCAAUUGAAGAUUUAGAAAAUAUCGUUAAGACUUUUGUCCAAUAUACUGAUAUUAAUCAGUAUAAAGAAACUGCAGAAAUGGUAGAAAGAGUCAAUAAAAGACUUGAAGAGUGCAUCAAUAUGGCUAAAACUUAUAAUCAUAGAGAAUAUUUAUUCGGCUCUGAGACAACUGAUUAUUCUCAAGUCCAUUCUUGUGCAAAAGAAUUCAAGCCGUUUUCAGACCUGUGGCUAACCAUCAAUAAUUGAAAUGAAAAGCAUGAACACUGGCUUCAUGGAGAAUGGGAAACUGUCAGCGGAAGAGAAAUCGAAGACACUGUAGAAACAGCGACUAAGACAAUUUCACAGGUCCUCAGACAUUUUAAAAAUAGAGAUAUCCAAAGCAUCUUGCCUGUUGUAGAAAAAAUCAUAAUUAAAUAUGGCGUCUCAGCCUGUGCAUGGCCUUACGGCCAUGAAGCUCGAAUACAUAUUUAAUUAUGCCCGGCAGCCUAGAAAUGGGCAGCUAUGCUAGUAAAAGCAAUUCGAGUAGUGUUUGGGGCACAGCCCUAGUCCGCUUUCAGAAUUGAAUUUACCUCGAAGGAAAGAAGAACUUGGAGUUGGAAAGGGGGAGCUCUGUAAAGCUUUCUAGGCCAAUCGGUAACUCCCUAGCGCGUGAAACCAGGAGUUAAACUCUGGGCUACAAGUUUUAAAUUUUUACCCAGAGUUUCAUUUUUUUGAAUUUUGUGCAAGCACCCUCAUCUGGAGCACGGCAUGGUGACCCAUCCCACUCUAUUCUCCAUUCGGCGCGAGCCUCAACAAAGCAAGGUAGAUUUAAAUACCCGUUUGGAGGUAUCGCAGGGAGCUGCUCAAUAAUAAUCAAUCGUAAUUGUAGUAGAAAAAAUCAAAGGAGACGUUGACUACUUCAGACAAUACGUAAAAAUGGCUGUAGCUCUCAGAAAGCCUGGUAUGAAAGAUAGACAUUGGGACCAGAUUUCUGCCAAAGUUGGAUUUGAGGUCAGGCCAUGCCCUGGAUUCACCCUUACCAAAGUUAUUGAUAUGGGCCUCAAAAAAUGGGAAGAUUUCUUAGAAGAAGUCGGAGAAAGAGCUUACAAAGAAUUCCAAAUAGAAACCAAGCUAAAUGAAAUGGAAGCAGCCUGGGAAAAAGUUGACUUUGAAGUAUUUGACGCCAAAAAUACUGACACUUUUAUUCUUGGAGGCAUCGAUAAAAUCCAGAAUUUAUUAGAUGAGCAUAUUGUAGCUUCCCAAGCGAUGCAGUUUUCUGCAUUUAAAAAACCAUUUGAAGAGAGAAUUGAAGACUGGGUACAAACUCUUAUGAGGGUCCAAGACAUAUUAGAUGAAUGGACCAAAUGUCAGGUGAACUGGAUGUACCUACAACCUAUUUUCGACUCAAAAGAUAUUAUGAAGCAGCUGCCAAACGAAACCAAAAAAUUCCGAAGUGUAGAUGGCACAUGGAGACAUACCAUGAGCCAAGUCAAAGCUAACCCUAACGUUAUCAAAACUUGUAAAAAUGAAGGAAGACUUGAAGCUUUAAGAGAAGCCAACCGAAACUUAGAAGCUGUCCAAAAAGAGCUAAACAACUAUUUGGAAACCAAAAGAGCUGCUUUUUCACGUUUCUAUUUCUUAUCUAACGACGACCUAUUGUCAAUCAUCUCAGAAACCAAAGACCCAACCCGUGUGCAGCCUCAUUUGAGAAAAGUCUUUGAAAAUAUGGACAAGCUUGAGUUCCACGAGGAUAAGACCAUCCACUCAAUGUUUUCUUGUGAAGGCGAACAGGUAGCUUUUGUAAGACCAAUUGACCCAAGAGAGAAAAAUGUAGAGUUCUGGAUGGGCGAGCUUGAAGAUAUGAUGAAAGAAAGUGUCAGAUAUGUUCUUAAAAAUAGCAUUGAUGAGUACUUAAAGAAGCCUAGAAAUGAAUGGGUGCUAAGACAUCCUGGACAAUGUGUGCUGAAUGGCUCUCAGGUCCACUGGACUAGUGAUGUAGAAGCAGCAAUUCUGAAAGGACUAGAAGGAGUCCAGGACUACUACAAGUUUUUAGGAGAUCAGCUUAUGGACACUGUUAAACUUGUAAGAGGAAAUUUGACAAAUCAAGAGUCUACAACGUUAGGAGCACUUAUUGUUAUUGAUGUCCACGCUAGAGAUGUCGUGUUUAGGCUAAUUGAAAAUAAAGUCACGUCUAUUGAAGAUUUUGACUGGAUCGCACAGCUUAGGUAUUAUUGGGAGGAUGAUGACUGCUAUGUAAAAUGUAUUCAAACGAGGUUCCCAUAUGGCUACGAAUAUUUAGGAAAUACGCCAAGGCUGGUUAUUACUCCUUUGACUGAUAAAUGUUACAUGACACUUAUGGGAGCGCUUAACCUGAACUUAGGAGGCGCCCCAGCAGGCCCUGCAGGGACAGGUAAAACAGAGUCCGUCAAAGAUCUUUCGAAAGGUCUCGCUAAACAAGUCGUCGUCUUCAACUGCUCAGAAGGUAUGGACCAUAUCAUGGUUGCCAAAUUCUUCAAAGGCCUUGCAUGCUCAGGCGCUUGGGCUUGUUUCGAUGAGUUUAACAGAAUUUAUAUCGAAGUGCUUUCUGUCAUUGCCCAGCAGCUUCAAACUUUGCUUGACCACAAGCGAACUGGUGAUCUUGAGUUUGAAUUUGAAGCUUCCAGCAUCAAAAUGCUGCCUACUUUUUCAGUCUUUAUUACUAUGAACCCUGGGUAUGCUGGCCGUACCGAGCUUCCUGACAACUUAAAAGCGUUAUUUAGGCCAGUGGCUAUGAUGGUUCCCGAUUACGCUAUGAUCGGUGAAAUUAUGCUUUAUUCCUUUGGUUUCUCCCAAGCUAGAGAACUUGCCAAAAAAAUGGUUGACACCUUCAAGCUAAGCUCAGAACAGCUCAGCUCACAAGAUCAUUAUGAUUAUGGUAUGAGAGCUGUCAGAUCAGUCAUUAAUGCUGCUGGACUUAUUAAAAGAGCCGAGCCUGACAUGGACGAAGAACAGCUGCUGCUCCGUGCACUAAGAGAUGUAAAUGUUCCGAAAUUCUUAAAAGACGAUCUUCCGCUGUUCGAUAACAUUAUUAUUGAUCUUUUCCCACAUGUAGAACGUCCUAAUAUUAAUAGAAAACCUCUUGACCAGUCUAUACUAGAAACCUGCGCCAAGCUAAACUUGCAGCCUGAAGAUUCUUUUAUUGACAAAAUCUUCCAGCUUUAUGACACCAUCAAAGUCAGACAUGGACUUAUGAUCGUCGGCCCUACAGGAGGUGGAAAAACAGUCAACUACAAAGUCCUUUCCAAUGCAAUGAGCGCGUUAAAGCACCUUGACCAGUUUGACGAAGUCUUUGUGCACAUUUUGAACCCGAAAUCUAUCACAAUGGGUCAACUUUAUGGUAAAUUUGACGAGCUUACCCACGAGUGGACUGAUGGAGUGCUUGCCGAUAUCAUCAGAAAAUGUGUGAGAGACCAGCAUAAUCCUCCUUACACAAAUAAGCAUUGGGUUAUGUUUGAUGGGCCUGUAGAUGCGCUGUGGAUUGAAAGUAUGAACACUGUGCUGGAUGAUAAUAAAAAGUUAUGCUUGAACUCUGGUGAAAUUAUUAACCUUUCUCAGCACAUGACUAUGAUGUUUGAGGUCGAAGAUUUAGCUGUGGCUUCACCAGCUACUGUAUCUAGAUGUGGUAUGGUCUAUAUGGAGCCUGUAUCACUUGGAUUGCCACCGUUAGUAAGAAGCUGGCUUAAUACGCUGCCACCAAAAGUCAAAGAGCAUGAUAAUAUCAGAAAUAAAUUGUCACAGUUCUUUGAAAUUUAUACCUACCCACUAAUAAAAUAUGUGAGAAAGUCACUUGUAGAGCCUGUUAUGUCGAUGGAUAAUAAUCUCUGUCAUAGUGUGUGCAGAAUUUUGAACUGCUAUUUAGGAAAAUAUUAUGAUACUGAGCUGAAAGUAGUUAGUCCUGAAGAAGUCGCUGAAUUAGAAGAGCUAAUAGAAGGCAUAUUUAUUUAUGCUGCAAUUUGGGCUUUAGGAGUUACCACAAAUAAUGAAGGCAGAAAGAAAUUUGACCAUGCGCUCAGAGAUAUAAUGAAAACAAGAGCACUUAACCCAGCAUUCCCAGAAGCUGGAACUGUCUAUGACUGGUUCUUUGAUCCGACCACUAAAACUUAUAAGCUUUGGACUGAUACUGUUCCUCCAUAUGAAGUUGACCCUCAUGCACACUUUAACGAAAUUGUGGUACCUACUAUGGAUUCUAUAAGGAGCAAGUAUCUAACCAAGCUGCUCCUUACCAAUAAAUACCACGUGCUAUCUCCAGGCCCAACUGGUACAGGUAAAUCUGUCAACGCCAAUAGUAUGCUAGGAGGCGAAAUGCCUGACAAUUACCAGUAUAUCAGCUUGACAUUUUCAGCACAAACAUCAGCAAACCAAACACAAGACCUUAUUGAUGGCAAAGUACAGCGUAGAAAGAAUAAGGAAUAUGGCCCACCUCCUGGGAAAUAUUAUGUAAUCUUUGUAGAUGAUCUCAAUAUGCCUAAAAAAGAGAAAUAUGGGGCCCAGCCUCCUCUUGAACUUUUAAGACAGUGGAUGGACCAUCAUGGAUGGUAUGACCGCAAAGAUAAAUUCAAAAAAGACAUUGUAGAUGUGGUGUUCUUGUCAGCUAUGGGGCCUCCAGGCGGAGGGAGAUCACAAAUCACUAAUAGGCUCGUCCGUCAUUUCAAUAUUUUAACUUACACAAUUCUUGAAGAAUCUGAUAUCACCAUGAUUUUCUCUAACUAACCCCCCCCCCCCCCGUGAGCCGUGAGCGAACAAAACCAUUAGAAAAAUCGCCAUUUUUUGACCAAAAACCCACCCUCCGUGAGUGAACAAAAAUUGUUUUAAUAGAAAAAAUUUUAAUGGAAAAAAAUUUUGAUAUAUAAGUGAUAAUUAGUAUAAUGAAAUCUAGAGCUAAUUCUGUUUAAUUUUAAACAAAUUGCGCGUUUUAAAACAUAAAUUUUGCAAAUUAAAUUAAUAUUUGCUUCCCAAUUUUUGCAAAUUAGGAUUUUUUUAAAUUUCGAAAAAAAAUAUUUUUUAUCAAAUUUAUAUAUAAAUUUUUUUUUAAAAAAAAAAAUUAACCCCCCUCCGUGAGCGAACAAAAUUUUUUUGUUCGCUCACGGAGGGGGGGGGGGGGGAGUAAAAUUCUAGGAGCGUUCUUAAGACCUUAUCAAGAGCCUAUCAGAAAUUCGGUACCAAACUUAGUCAGUGCUUCAAUUGAGCUUUAUAAUAUAGUUGAAAAAACACUUCUGCCAACUCCUGACAGAUCUCACUAUACUUUUAACUUAAGAGAUAUGGCCCACGUCUUUGAAGGAAUCUGCUCUUCAGACCCUAGCUCCUCACUUCUGUGAUGAGCAAAAUUGAUUUGAUUGUUUAUGGAAGGGGAUUAAUUUUUUUUUGGAAAUUUAUAAAUCUCAAUGAUCAAAACUCAGAAUGCAAAUGAUUUAAAAUUCAAUAGAAAUUUCAUUAUAAUAAUUAUCAUCUAUAAAUAGAAUAUUUAUUUUAAAAAUAAUUUUUUAUCGCUUACAAGGUAGACUUUUUCCCCAAAAUAGGAAUUUUUAAGGUUUUGCUCGCUGACAGAAGAGAGGAGUAAAGUAACCUAUGAAUAUAUAACUAUUGUCAGACUCUGGUGCCAUGAAAACUUGCGUGUCUUUGGAGACCGUUUAAUCAACAACGAAGAUCUCAAAAUUCUAAAUGACGCCAUCAGAACCAAAGUUGAAGAAAUUUUCAAGAUAAAAGCUGAAGAAGUGUUUUCCAGAGAAAGGCUUAUUUUCUGUCAUUUCUUGAACCAAAAUAUCCCUGAAGAACAAAGGGUUUAUGAAGAAGUCGCGAAUACUGAAGAGCUAAUGAGAACUGUGAACGACUAUUUGGACGGAUAUAAUGAUAGGUAUACUAAAAGACAAAUGAAGCUUGUUAUGUUCCUAGACGCCUGUUGCCAUAUUACCAGGAUUUGUAGAAUUCUGAGACAGCCUCAAGGAAAUGCACUUCUGCUUGGUGUAGGUGGCUCCGGAAGACAAAGCUUGAGCAAACUUUCCGCUUUCAUAAUGGAAACCGAGCUAAAACAAAUCGAAAUCACAAAGAGCUACAAUAUGGCCCAAUGGAGAGAAGACUUAAAGUUCGCUCUUAAAUUUGCAGGUGUCAAAAACGAAAGGGUCAUUUUCUUGCUUGUAGAUACCCAGAUUAUCGAUGAACAAAUGUUAGAAGACGUCAAUAAUGUGCUAAACUCUGGCGAUGUCCCUAAUAUCUAUAAAGCAGACGACUGGGAAGACAUCGCAGGAGUUGGCAAACCUGAGUGUCAGCGUAAAGGUAUCCAGCUUUCUGAAAUGAAUAUCAUGUCUCAGUAUUUAGGAAGAGUCAAAAAGAACAUCCAUAUCAUUUUAGCUAUGAGUCCUAUAGGAGAAGCUUUCAGAAGCAGACUUCGUAUGUUCCCAUCACUAAUUAACUGUUGUACCAUUGAUUGGUUCACAGAUUGGCCUGAAGAAGCUCUUGUGUCAGUCGCAAGAGGUCAGCUAUUAGAAGAAGACCUUAAUAUAGACAGUAGCAUAGAACCUUUAGUCCAAUUCUUCAAGGUCGUCCACAAGUCAGUUGAUGGAAUGUCCCAAAGGUAUCUUAAUGAGCUCAGAAGGCACAACUAUGUCACCCCAACGUCAUAUUUAGAGCUCGUCAGGUGUUUUAAGACUCUUUUACUAGACAAACGUGCACAGCUUACAACUAUGAAAAAUAGAUUCUCUGGAGGAGUCGAAAGACUUAUUAAAGCAGCCCACGAAGUCGAAAUCAUGAAAGCCAAAUUGCAAAAAAUGAAGCCGGAGCUUGCUGAUGCACAAAAAGAAAGUGAGCAUAUGAUGGAAAAAAUUGUGGUAGAUAAAGCAUCUGCAGAAGAAACCCAAAAAAGCGUCGCAAAAGAAGAAGCAAGUGCCCAAGAAAAGGCUGAUGAAGUAGAAAAACUCCAGUCUCAAGCUCAAAGUGAGCUAGAUGAAGCUUUGCCACUGCUAGAUAAAGCUCUUGAAAGUGUCAAGCAGCUUAAAAAAGAGCAGCUAGUCGAAAUCAAAUCCUUCACAACCCCAGCAUUAGGCAUCGUCAAAACCAUGGAAACUGUCUGCUACUUCUUCAGAAUCAAGCCAGUCAAGAAAAACGACCCCAAUAAGCUUGGAGCCAAAAUUGAUGACUAUUGGGAAGCCUCGAAAAAUGAGCUGCUAAAAAAUCCAAAAGCACUAUUAGAGGAUCUAUUGCAUUAUGAUAAAGAAUCAAUCACAGAAGAACUGAUAGAAAGAGUCAGACCAAAAGUAGAAGACAAAGAUUUUGCACCUGAAGCUAUUAAAGUGGUCUCAGUGCCUUGUGGGGCUAUGUGUGCAUGGGUGCAUGCCAUGUAUAAGUUUUAUCAUGUAAAUAAACAGGUGGAUCCACUCAGAAGACAAGUUGCACAGCUGAAUGCAGAACUGGAGGUGAGCAGAUCGUUACUUAAAGAAGCAAAAGCCAGACUUAAAGAAGUCACAGAUCAAAUUGAGGAGCUGGAAAGAAGCUAUGAGGCUUGUAUGCAGAGACAAGAAAUGCUUAAAGAAAGCAUCAAUGAUUGCGAGAUAUAUAUAUUAAAUUAAAUGAGGCAUGUACUAUGACGAUGCAGGCCAAAAGAAUAAGGAGAUUAGAUUUAAAAUAUUAAAAUGCACUCAGCUGUGCCAGUAUAAAACUAGAAAGGGCUGAAAAACUUAUUGGUGGUCUUGGAGGUGAACAAGCCAGGUGGACCCACGAGUCAGAAGUCCUCGCCGGAAUGAUUGUCAAACUUCCCGGAGAUUGUGCCCUUUCAGCUGGUAUGGUCGCUUAUACAGGAGCUUUUACAGGGACAUAUCGAGGUGCUUUAGAAACAAUGUGGAGAAAUUCCCUCAAAGAAUUCGGCAUCGACCACACAGACGGUGUAAAUAUGAGGUCUACCCUUGGAGACCCAGUUGUCCUACAGAUCUGGAAAGCUGCAGGGCUUCCUUCAGACGCAGUCUCAAUUGAAAAUGGUAUUAUUAUAUCCAAAGCCAGAAGAUGGCCACUUAUGAUUGACCCUCAAAACCAAGCCAACAACUUCAUUAAAAAGCUUGGAAAAGACCACGACGAAGGCAUUGAGUUCUGCAAAGCUUCAGACUCCAACAUUAUCAGAAAUCUCGGCACUGCCAUUAUGAAUGGCAAAUGGUUUUUAAUAGAAAACGUAGGUGAAGAGCUUGACCCAGCACUAGAAUCAGUCCUCUUGCAACAAGUAGUAAAAGAAGGUGCUGGAUUUUCUAUCAGAAUCGGAGAUAAAAAUGUGGAGUACAACAAAAAUUUCAAAUUCUACAUGACGACUACCUUACCAAACCCUCAUUAUUCCCCUGAAACCUGUGUAAAAGUGACUUUGCUUAACUUCGCCAUCACUCCUGAAGGUCUUGAAGAACAAAUGCUCGGAACUGUUGUCGCAAAAGAAAAUCCUCAGCUAGAAGAAACUAAAAGCUUGCUGAUCCAGCAGAAUGCUAGAGCUCAAAGAGACCUUAAGCAAAUUGAAGAUUUAAUUCUGGAACAGAUUUCGAGCUCAGAAGAAAACAUUUUGGAAAAUAAAGAACUGAUUGAUACUUUGGCUGCUAGUAAAUUAACGUCUACAAAUAUCAUGAUGAAGGUAGAAGAAGCGAAGAAGACUGAGCUGGAAAUUGACUCUAAAAGAGAAAGCUAUAGACCUGUAGCGUUUAGGGCUUCUUUACUGUUUUUCUCGAUUAUCAAUUUGUCAAAUAUUGAUCCUAUGUAUCAGUACUCUUUACAGUGGUUUACAAGGCUGUUUGAGCUUGGAAUUGAUAAUGCUCCGAAUCCAGGAGGAAUUGAUGAAAGACUUACGUCACUAAAUGAAUAUUUCACGUAUUCGCUUUAUCAAAAUGUCUGCAGAAGUCUUUUCGAGAAUCACAAGCUGCUUUUCAGCUUUAUUUUAGUUGUGAAAAUUCUUGAUGGUUAUAGGCAGAUUGACCCUGAAGAGUGGAGAUAUAUGCUGACAGGGCCUCAAGGAUCAGUUCCAAUCCCUCCAAACCCGACUACUUGGCUUAACGAUAACACUUGGAAAACAAUGUAUGAAGAAAUCCAUGGACUUGAAGACUUAAAGAUCUUCAAAGGCUUUGAAAGAUACUUUAUCACCAAUAUUGACCAAUUCCGAAAGAUAUUUGACGCAGUAAACGCACACGAAGAGCCGCUUCCUAUAGAAUGGCAGAACAAGCUAAACGAGUUCCAAAGAAUGCUGGUCCUCAAAGCAAUCAGAUCUGACAAAAUGAUUUCUGCAAUACAAAACUGGGUCACCCUUAAGCAAGGCAGAAAAUUCAUCAUCCCUCCUACUUUUGACUUAGGGCUAAUUUACCAAGACUCAGGCGUAACCACUCCUCUUAUUUGUGUCCUGAGUCCUGGUUCUGAUCCAAUUUCUGCAAUUAUGAGAUUUGCUGAAGAAAAAGGAAUGACCAAAAAAAUGACGUCGAUUUCUCUAGGGCAAGGACAAGGUGAAAAAGCCAAGAAAAGUGUGGACGACGCGAAAAGCAGAGGAGAGUGGGUUUUGCUACAAAACUGUCACUUGGCAGCAAGUUGGAUGCCUCAGCUAGAAAAGACCGUAGAAGAGUUUGAUGACUCUAUACAUAGAGAUUUCAGGCUCUGGCUGACUUCUAUGCCAUCUAAAGACUUCCCAGUCUCUGUCUUGCAGAAUGGUAUUAAAAUGACUAUUGAGCCUCCACAAGGGCUAAGAUCAAAUCUGCUGCUUUCUUAUUCUUCAGUAGACGAUAAACAACUAGAAGACUGCAAUAAGAUAGAAGCCUUCAAGACUUUGUAUUUCGGGUUCUGCUUCUUCCACGCCAUCGUGCAGGAUCGUAGAAAAUUCGGUCCAAUUGGCUGGAAUAUCCAAUACGAAUUUACAAAUGAAGAUUUAGGGGUCACUCUGAAGCAGCUUAAGCUGUUCUUAAAUCAAAAUUCUGAAAUUAUCCCUUAUAAAGUUCUCAAUAUUUUAGGAGCUGACGUAAACUAUGGCGGCCGUGUAACUGACGAUAAAGACUGCAGACUUAUCGUGACCAUCCUUAGAAAUUACAUUUGUCCUGAAGUUUUUGACCCUAAUUAUAAAUUCUCCACAUCAGGGAAAUACUAUGCUCCACCUCUAGGCAAAAAAGAAGACUAUGUAAGAUACAUUGAAAGCCUUGACCUAAAUCCUGAGCCAGAAGUCUUCGGUUUACACGAUAACGCUGAAAUUAUUACAGCCCAAAACGAGACUCGUAAAGUUUUCGAAAUCAUUUUAAGCAUGCAGCCAAGAUCUGGGUCUGGGAGUGGUAAAAGUAGAGAAGAAAUAAUCAGAGAAAUUGCCCAAAAUAUUGAGACUCAGAUGCCGAAGAAAUUCUCCCUUGAAGAUGUAGCAACUCAGUACCCUACGCAAUAUAAUGAAUCUAUGAAUACUGUGCUGUUCCAAGAAGUUGUGAAAUAUCAAAGGCUACUGCUAGUAAUGGAAAGCACCUUGACAAAUGUCCAAAAAGCAUUGGUUGGGAAGAUUGUUAUGAGUGAUGAGCUUGAACUGAUUGCAAAAGCUUUAUUUGUGAACCAAGUGCCUGAGCUGUGGGCGAAUGUAGGAUUUCUGUCUUUGAAACCGCUGUCGUCAUGGUUCCAAGAUUUGCAGGACAGAAUGAAAUUCUUGAAUGACUGGAUUUCUAAUGGAACGCCUAAGAUCUUUUGGAUUUCUGGGUUUUUCUUCCCUCAAGCCUUUAUUACAGGAACUCUGCAGAACUAUGCAAGAAAGCAUGUGAUCCCAAUUGAAUAAUUAAAAUAUGGCGUCUCCACCUGGCAUGGCCUCCGGCCACGCAGCUUCCGAGCACAUAUUUUAAUUAUAUCCGGCAAGGUUUUACUAACCCAGAAAUGGACAGCAAUGCUAGGUAAGCAAUUCUGGUACUAUACAGAGCCUAGCCCUCAGUCCAAAUUCAGGAUUAGGUUUUACCUCGAAGGGAAGGAGGGGUUCAGGUUUGGAAAGGGCAAGCUCAGCUGAGUCUACAGGGAACACCUAGACCAAUCGGGCAAGUGCCUAGCGUGAAACUGGGAGUUACGCCCAGGACUUGAAUUUUUCCCUUUUUGCCGAGAGGUCACCAGAAAUUCCAUUUUUUGGGAUUUUUGAGUGGUCAACUUCGUCACCCAAGCAGCAGCCGCAGAAGUCCAUAGCCCGCCCACUCAACACUCAAGCCGCAAGGAGAGGAGUAGACGUCCAGGUGAAAUCUCACUUCAGAAUACCAUGCCACCAGGAGCUGAAGAAGAGGAAAGGCAGUGUCAGAGCCGAGCUUGGCCGGCGAAUCAUUGUCCCAACUCGAACAAGGUGAAUCCGAAGACGGCGCAAAGCAGGUGAACCCGACUUUAGGGUCCGUGGUGACUGCGUAAUCAAAACGGCAGACGCCUUCUAAUUUCUAAGUUAAGUGAUCCCAAUUGACCAUUUAAGCUUUAGGUUUGAAGUUUUGGAUAAUUUAAGGGUUGAAGAUAUCAGAGAAAAGCCAGAUGACGGAUGCUAUGUGUAUGGACUGUGGCUAGAAGGAGCAAGAUGGGAUAGAAAUCGUCAUUGCUUGUCUUGGAGUUACCCUAACUCAUAAAUUCCAAAAAAUAUGUUUUAAAGAAAUAUAAUUAAAACUAUUUAAAAAGCAGAUCAAAAGGGUAAGGAUUUAUACACAGAAAUGCCAAUCAUCCAUUUCCUGCCUUCUGUUGACCGCAAACCGCCUGAGACAGGAAUUUAUCAAUGCCCUGUUUACAAAGUUUUAUCUAGAAGAGGUACUUUGUCGACAACUGGCCACUCAACUAACUUUGUGCUGUUUUUAGAAUUAACUUCAAAAGAGUCGCAAGAUAUAUGGAUUAGAGCAGGAGUCGCUUUAUUCUUAGGUUUAAGAACUUAA